GUCUGUGACAGAGAAUAGAAUGUCGUGGAUGUUCUUGGAAUCAGAAGUUCUUGAAAAUUCUGUUGUAAUUACAGAGAAUUUAAGAAAAUACGAAUUCUCGGGAACACGAUUAAGAUAGAAUUUAUCAGAGAUAAAAUGGUCUAUUUGAGUCUGACUUGAAGCGAGAACAAAGGAGGAUUAUACACGGGAGAGAGGAGUGCGUGGAAACUAGAAAAAGAAAUACAACUAUGUGACAUAUGUGUGUACUACUAAUCUACUAAUGUAGAUACGAUAUAUAAUGAAUUGAUAGCGCAUAGUCGUCGAAGAAAUCGGUUGUCUCGUUACAUGAAAAGUGUAAGAAUUCACAAUCGUAAUUUUCCUCCCAUCAUCUUAAUAUCGCCAAUUCUCUUCAGAAUUUUGAGACUUGUAAUAGAAUCGUCGUUGCGGAAUAUUUGAGUUUCAUUCACACGUAGAAGAGUUCUAGAAGAAAUAUAAUAGACUAGAAGUCUAGAAAAUGGCGAAAUUUCAACGUCUCAUAAACAUCACGUUAAUAUUUUAUUCCUGUUUAACGACGUCGUGGACUGCAAAGGUUAUUCCCUCGGAAUCAAAAGUAAUUCACGCAGAAGACGAUUCAGAAUUACUAUUAGUCAGCACGGUAUUCAGACAUGGUGAUCGCACAAUAGACAGGUCGAGCCGAGAAUCUUAUCCAAAUGAUCCAUACAACAGCCACAAUUUCUAUCCGGUUGGCGAUGGACAGUUGACUAAUGAUGGCAAGCAAAGAUCAUACGAGUUGGGGCUCCUGCUAAGAAAUAAAUACAACAGUUUUCUCGGAGAUGUGUAUUACCCACCGUAUGUCUACGCACGUUGCACGGAAGUGAUUCGAACCAAGAUGACCUUACAAUUAGUUCUCGCGGCGCUUUACCCACCUAUUGACAAACAAAAAUGGAACGAAAAACUUUCUUGGCAACCGAUAGACUUGAUAUAUACACCAAUAAUUAAUGAUGAUUUGCUGUUUCCAAUUGUGUGCUCUACAUAUCGAGAAAUUUACAGGGAUUAUUUAAAAAAUCCAAAGGUGAAAGAGAAAAUAGAAGAAUUUAAGGAUUUGAUGGCGAUCACAUCAAAACAUACAGGAAAAAGUAUCACUAAUCUCACAGACCUCGCUCUUUUGUACAAUACUUUGUAUGCGGAAUCAAAUAUGAACCUGACUUUACCCAACUGGACGCAUGACAUAUUUCCAAAAGGCGCUCUUUCAAAUGCAGUUCAUUUAUUCUUAGAGCUCCUUAGUUAUGACCAGUUAAAUAAUCUCAAUGGAGGUGUAUUAUUGAACAGAGUAAUUGACGACAUGAACAAAGUGAUCAAUAAAAGUUUACCGGAUCGAAAAAUUAAUCUCUUCUCCGCACACGACAUAAAUGUGGCUGGAUUGCUACACGCUCUAAAUAUAUCCAAAUAUCAUAUUCCGGAGUAUACAAGUAGCGUUAUCAUAGAAUUACGCAAAAAAGACGAGGAGUAUUUUGUUAAAGUAUUACAUUACUUGGGUAUUCCACCGACAAUAUUACAAGUUCAAAUUCCCGGAUGCGAAAUAUUAUGUCCGUACAAUAAAUUUGUCAAAUUAACGGAGUCAAUUACUGUAUUUAAACAGCCGUGUCAUCCAACAAAGCCGAAAAGAGAAACGUCUUUGUCUACCAUUUAAUGCUACCAUUUCAUCUGAGAAUUAAUGGAACACUUUUAAACAAAGCUUCAAAGUUUCCAUCAAAAUUUCUCGCAAAACUAAUUAUUCACAAUAAUGUUUCUUUUACAAAGUAUUUCUAUUAUUCGUCCAUUAGAAAUGGAAUUAAAAUCAACCGACAUUUAUGCCGAAUGGAAAGUGAAAAACGUUUAACAUUAUUAUCAUCAUUAGCAACUUGAUUUUAUUUAUAAGUGAAGUAGUUGAUUGGAGCAAAGAACGCGUCACGUCGUCACGUCGUCGCGUUAAAGUAGUGUACUUUAAAUUUUACAGUAUGGUAAACGGGUAAAGCAUUACAUACGACAGUACCGUCUCCUAUCUGAUGUAAUAAAAUCGGUCCAGUUUUAUUACAUUUUCCUCAUUAUAUCUGGUAUCGUACCGCCGAAAACUAGAUGCCCAUACGAUCGUGGAAAGUUAAGUUCGUUAAGUAUGCUCAGAGCCGUGUCUUAUCGAAGACACGGAGCUCAGAUCCUCCGCCUACCGUGCCGUAGCAUAACAAUUACCCUAUUAUUUCGCACACACCAUCGCGGCGAUUCGUUGGGCCUAUACACCGCACAUUUCUGUUCCACGAUAUACUCUCAACUUCCAUUAAAGCUAAAUCUUUUCGACCGUAAGCAGAUAUCAACGCUAAAGUUUAAUUUGCUCUUCUGCCGCUUACGUCAGGAGCUGAUGAACUUUAAUUUGAUUCUACACACAAGGACUCGAGCUCUUAUAAUACUACGAGGAAAUUAUAAGAAUAUAUUAUUUUUACAUACAUUGUGUGUAUAGUUGUAGUUAUAGAACAUAUACCCCGCGUAUAUAAAUUAUAAAAUAAGAUUGAAAAUAUUUUUACAGUUAUAUUGUAUUACCUGUUGUAUUCAACAUUGUUGUAAAUGUAAAUCUCAUGAAUAAAAAUGUAUUGACCUAUAUCUCUUCUUCUAUCCACACGUACACACACGCAAGUUAAGAAAAGCACUACUAUAUCAUAUAAAGAACAAUCGUACUGAGAGUUUAGAGAAUUUUUGCAAGAGACAGAAACGGUGCCAAACAAUCUAGUUUAUCGUAUACCGAAUUAGC